AAUGUCAAAACGCGUUGUUUUAGCCCUUAAGACACGCCAUGACCUGAACUACCAUUGAAUCCAAUGAUAAUCACUUCAUUUGAUUCAGACAUGAAUUCGUCGCUAAUCCUAUCAGAAGUGGUGAUUAAACAUCGAAACCAAUCGGUCUGUACUGAGAGUCACAGCGAUUCCAACGAUGAGAUUGUGGUCACCAUUGAGAAUGUGGUGCCGAUGGAAACCACCGAAGACACGUUGUCUGUUGAUGAGUAUCAACUGAUGAGGUCUUUAGGACUUCCCACUCGUUUCACGUCCAGAGACGCCAACAAGAGGUCGAAGAGAUCUCAACAAAAGACCAAAACUGUUGCCAAACAGAAGAAGUUUUACGAAGACAUCGACGCC